UUCUUCUCGAGCCUUCACUGGUGCGUCGUUUUCUUCCUCUCUCUUCCAAUCAACCCUAACUUUAGAGAGAGAAAGAAAAAGGCUACUCUUCCACCAUGUUGGUUUAUCAGGAUCUCCUCACCGGUGAUGAGCUUCUCUCUGACUCAUUUCCCUACAAAGAAGUCGAGAAUGGCGUGCUUUGGGAAGUUCAAGGGAAGUGGGUUGUUCAAGGUGCCGUCGAUGUAAACAUUGGGGCAAAUCCUUCUGCUGAGGGUGGAUGUGAAGAUGAAGGUGUGGAUGACCAAGCUGUCAGGGUUGUCGAUAUUGUUGACACUUUUAGACUUCAGGAGCAACCUGCUUUUGACAAGAAACAAUUUGUUACCUUCAUGAAGAGAUACAUCAAGAACCUGACACCCAAGCUAGAAGGAGAAACACAAGAAGCAUUUAAAAAGAACAUUGAAGCAGCAACUAAGUUUCUUUUGCAAAAGAUCAAGGACUUGCAAUUCUUUGUUGGUGAGAGCAUGCAUGAUGAUGGCGCCCUGGUGUUUGCGUACUACAAGGAGGGUUCAGCUGAUCCUACCUUUUUGUACAUUGCACCUGGUUUGAAGGAGAUCAAGUGCUAGAUGUCUGGUGGAGUGCUUCUGCUAGAAGUUUUGCAUUCGAGAUUAUGUUUCAUGUAGUUUUUAAUAUUUGGUCUUUUUUGCUUAUUUAUGUCUGGUGUUUCUUCUAAACCUUGGGUACUUGCUGUAACCAGUACGGCAGUACCUGCAGUUUUUCUUUAUCAUAUGAUCUUAUUAUGUGGGACAGCAAAUGGUUAGCUGAUUGAAUUGGAAGUGUUCUGAUUAACAAUUUUGCCUAUUUGAUCUUUUAAAACAAAUUUGAUAUGUUGCCUGAA